AUGAAAUUCAUCAUUACUUGUUUCGUGUUCCUCGUGGCUAUAUCUGUAGCAAAAGUUUCCGCCGAUGCUGGGCGUUCGGCUUGCCGUAAUCCUGUGGAAAUCGGUCAAACUUACCAACAUCACUUCGAUCCGGCCAAGUAUUGGUAUUGUGAAACAUUGGGGGUGGCUGCAAUUGAGAAGGAUUGCCCUAAUGGCAUGGCCUAUAUGCACCUGCUAAAAGAAUGCAUCCCAUGGGCCAACUGGCAGUGGAAAAAGCUGCAAAAUCCACCAACUUUAGCGUAAAUGUGAAACAAAGCAGAGGACAAUAGAAUGUUGAGCAUGUGCCUGCAGAAGUAAAAUGAAAUC